AUUUCCGGGAAAAAAAUGAGUCGGUUUGCUUUCCGAAAUCGUCCAAGAAAGUUAUCUAAGGCCAUGGGCCACGAUUUGGGUCCUCCUGGAAGGGAACUUCGUUUGCAGAAAACUAUUUCCAUGCUUCUCCGUUUUCAGAGAAUAGAGGGGAGCUGGGGAGUAAUCAAUGAAACCAGAGAGUACACAGAGGCUCUGAUUGAGAGAGCUAUUAAAAAAGGACCAGAGGAUCCUAGAAUGAUGGAGUUAGCAAACCACUGGUGUCUGGAAAAGGAUUUAGUCCAUAUGCUAUUUAAAGAAUAUGUACCCAGAUUUAGCCAACCCAUGUAUCAAAACAAGCCGUAUCUACAGCUGUAUCGCAUAGAACUGCAGCCCGGGAAGCAGCAUCUGAAAAAGAUGGCAUGUUUGGAACUCAAAGGUAACCCUUGGCCAAAAGUAAAACCAGAACCCCCUAAUACAGCAGGUCAGCUUCAUAAUGUGCUACUAAAGGCAUUCUUUGACGACAAAAGAAAAAGUUCACAUCUCCGUCCACAUGCCAGUGCCCAGCCAAGUCUGGACCAUGUUGUUGAAGGGGUAGAAAAAUUAACUGUUAAUCAAACACUUUCCAAAGAAAGGACUGAUACAGUGAACAUUGAAAAUGACAAGGAUUCUGAAUCAUCAUCUGGUGAUACUGAAGUGAAGAUUGGUGAAAUUUUGACAGAAGAUAAAAAGGAUUCAAGUCAGCCAAAUACUGAAAAUAAAAUGUAAAACAUU